AUGCAAGCCCCGCCCCUGGCCACUGUUUACAGAUACCAUACCAGCAAACGUGGUAGCGGCGGAUGCGUCCUGAUCGACGCGUUUCAAUACGCCAUUACCGGUUGCCGAACCGGUGUCAUCGCCUACAAUUGGGCGAUAUCCCACAAAUCGUGGAACAAGUACAUGCACGCCUUGCAUGGCAACACUGUUGGCACGCGGAGCACUGCAGCACGCGAUGCCGAAACACACCCGGCGCAAGAGCCGCACCAGGCGCAAGAGCCACAACAGGCGCAAGAGCCGCACCCGGCGCAAGAGCCACAACAGGCGCAAGAGCCACAACAGGCGCAAGAGCCGCACCUGGCGCAAGAGCCACAACCGCGGGCGCAAGAGCCACCACCGGCGCAAGAGCCACUUCAGGCGCAAGGGCCAUCACAGGCGCAACAACCGCCAACACUGGAUCGGGACCAGCCGCCAACCGACCGAGAGCCGCAGCCGCAAGAGGCACCCCAGGCGCAAGAGCCUCCACAGCCGCAAGAGGCACCCCAGGCGCAAGAGCCCCCACAGCCGCAAGAGGCACCGCAGGCGCAAGAGCCACCGCAGCCGCAAGGGGCACCACCGACGCAGGCGCCACCGCAGGAGGCAAACCCGGCGCAACUGCCGUCGCAAAUCGACAUUAAUCAGAUCGCUGCAGCCAUCGCAGCCGCCAAUGCGGCGGCUACCCGCAUUGACCGAGAGGCUAGCGCUGCCGCCGCCCGAGCUGAAAGGGAGGCGAUGAUUGCUGCCUUCGCCACCGCCAGUCGCACGGGCCAUGAAGAGGCGAUGACCGAUUUCGCAACGGCCCUGCGCAAUGCCCUCUCUAAUGAGGGUGGAGCCACACGGGGCUCACUCUCAGCCAAGGUCACGCGCACGUACGACGCGGACAUCCCAAAGCUCGCGUUGUCAUCGUCGCCCAACAUGGCUGACUUGACAGGCCAGCUGGAACAGAUUGUUCAAGCAGCCAAUGGUGUCGGCUCGCAGGCCACCGUGGUUGCGGACAGCUCGCAGGAAGCGGGCAGCGUCACACCCACGCGCAAUGUCAGGCAGCGCACGGGCUGA